AUGAGCCUAGAUUCUGACUGCAAAAGAGGGAGAUCUCGCAGAAGCAACUCACGCUCAGUAAAACGAAGUCCCUACCGACGUAGAUCUCGAUCCCGUAGUAGAUCUCAACGAUCUAUUUUCAUUUUUGGUAUCUUCAAUCUCGGCCGAGAUAUCUCACGGAAUGAACUUCGAAAGGUGUUUGAACGAUAUGGCCGUAUUUUGUCCUGUAACCUUGUUUACGAUCGAGAAUACAAAGAAUCGAGGGGUUUUGGAUUUGUGACCUUUGAGAACAUUGAUGACGCUAUUUAUGCGAAAAAGGAUGCAAAUGAAAUCUACAUCGGUUCUGGAGAAAGAAUCCGAAUUGACUACAGCGUAGAUUUGCUGGACACAAUCCACGAGGAUACAAUGAAAGAAGACAAUCUCGAUCGAGAAGCCGACAACGCUAUUCUAGCUCACGAAGUCGGAGACGGUAUUCACGAUCUAGAAGUCGCGGACGACGCUAUCGAUCCCGGAGUCAUGAGCGAUAUUCUCGUAGAAAUCGUUACUCUCGAUCGCGCAGUCGAGGCAGGAAAAAUGGUCGAAGUCAAUAUUCACGAGAUCGGUCAAUAG